AGUAGAGUAUGGGUAGGUUGAAUACACUCCUGUCCUGUACUAUGAGAAGCAACGCAGAGAGAAGCGAGCAUCUGCAAAGCAAGCAGCCUAGUUGAAGAGAUUUGUUUAUGGUUUCGUUGAAUCUUCGCGCAUAAAGUGUGGACACGUAAUAGAUUUAGAGGUUGUUGUUGGAUUACUCUCUUCUACACAGCGAUACUAAUAAAUAUCAGACUAUAUUUUCAUUAAAGACACUUGUAAAAUUGUUUUUAUUUAUAUCUUGUAAAUAUUAUUAGAGGGUUUUACCCUAUCGUGAGUGGUAGUUAAAGACUUGGCCGUAACUUGGCCACGUGUUGUGUUGUAUUGACAUUAAGACUGUGAUCUCCAUCAUGACUGAGAACCAUUUUGGCCAGAAUCAUAUCGGUGGACUGCCCAAAACACAGAUCAACAACGGUCAUCAGUCGAACUCUGCCAGUUCUAAGCUAGAUCAAUCCAAAAUGGAUGAGAUGCUGUAUAAAGCAAAGAUGAACAUUCCUCAAGAUAAGAGGAUCAAGACAAGUGACGUUACGGACACUAAAGGAAAUGAGUUUGAAGAGUUCUGUGUAAAACGAAGCCUGCUCAUGGGAAUUUUUGAAAAGGGAUGGGAGAAGCCAUCACCUAUUCAAGAGGUUACCAUUCCCUUGGCAAUGGCAGGCAAAGAUAUUCUGGCCAGAGCAAAAAACGGCACUGGCAAAACCGGUGCUUAUUCAAUACCAGUGUUAGAACAAGUGGAUCCAGAUAAAGAUUACAUACAAGCACUUGUUAUUGUCCCAACGAGAGAAUUGGCCCUUCAGACAAGUCAGAUCUGUAUCGAACUGGCAAAACACAUGAAUGUGCGAAUCAUGGUCACUACGGGUGGCACAAAUCUGCGAGAUGACAUCAUGAGGAUUUACCAGAAAGUUCAUGUAAUCAUAGCAACCCCGGGCCGAAUACUGGACUUGAUGGACAAGAAUGUUGCAAACAUGGAUCACUGUAAAGUGCUAGUUCUAGAUGAGGCGGACAAGCUGUUGUCCCAAGACUUCAAGGGCAUGUUGGAUCAUGUCAUAUCUCGUUUACCUGAGAACCGGCAGAUUCUAUUAUAUUCUGCCACAUUCCCUCUAACUGUUAAACAGUUUAUGGAGAAGCACCUCAAAAGUCCAGAGGAGGUGAACUUGAUGGAGGAGUUGACACUGAAAGGAGUCACACAGUAUUAUGCCUUCGUUCAAGAAAGGCAAAAAGUUCAUUGUCUAAAUACUCUAUUUUCUAAGUUGCAAAUCAACCAGAGCAUAAUUUUCUGCAACUCAACCCAGCGAGUGGAACUGUUAGCAAAAAAGAUAACAGAGCUGGGAUACUGCUGUUACUACAUCCAUGCCAAAAUGGCUCAAGCUCACCGAAACAGGGUGUUUCAUGACUUCCGUGCAGGGCUGUGCAGAAACCUUGUCUGCUCUGACUUAUUCACUCGAGGUAUAGAUGUUCAGGCUGUAAAUGUUGUUAUUAACUUCGACUUCCCAAAGAUGGCAGAGACAUAUCUUCACCGCAUCGGUCGAUCUGGAAGGUUUGGUCAUCUGGGAAUCGCUAUCAACUUGAUCACAUAUGAAGACCGGUUUGCUCUGCACAGAAUCGAGCAAGAGUUGGGCACAGAAAUAAAGCCUAUCCCCAAAGUUAUUGAUCCAUCCCUGUACGUUCCCAGACUGCUAGAAGAGAGCAUUGAGGAAGCUAACAUCAGUAAAUAAGCUCUUCAUUCCCCUUGUACAUAGCCUUCGCAGACGGACUACAAUAUUUUUCUACAAGUUACAGUGUAUGAACAAAAACAUUUUUGUGUUAUUCAUCGAAUUUUGAUACGAUUUAUAUACAGAGAUUUCGUUGUUUCUCUCAUCCGUCAACUUUAGGCAUAAUUACGGUUACGGGCCUCACCAGUGGAACAAAAUACUGAGAGAAAACAGGAUACGAAUUUUUUUCAAAUUGUUCGAAAGAUUUGGCUUUUAUUUCAGUUUUUGAUGUUGAACAAUACAGUUUAAACUCUGGUUAUUAAUUUAACACCUUUGGAUCUCCCAGAGUUUAAACUGUAAGUAAAAAUUAAAUUUUUAAUUUUUGUGUAAUUUAUACAUGCCGUUUUCUCUUGGUUCUUUUUUUUUUAGUGAAAUAAAGUUUGGAAAUGUGCAUUCAUUUCAAGACAUCUCUGCAGUGAAAUGUGAUUUUGUAAAUAGUUAUUGAUUUAGUUUGUUAUUGAAUUUUAUGAAAUGAAGACCUUUCAAAGCUGAGUUUUAUUGAUGAUCGAUUUGCAUUGGAGAAAGUGACUUUUAAAAGACUAACUAAUGUUUUUCUCUGUGGUAUUGUUUAUUGAUUGAGAUUCAUCUGAGAGAAGAAUGCAAGUUUAUGUUUAUUGAGAUCCAAACGUCGGAGGCUAUUACAUUGCAGCCGCCUCUGGACAGCCGUACCACCUUGGCUGUGUCAGCUGCAAAACACAUCCACAUGUUGAGUUACUAGCCCUCUUAACAUGUUUUUAAUUAAAACUUCUUUUAGGCAAUUGUUUUUGCAAAUAAGAACAAAUACUAAAAAUUUUAAAUGCAAAAAAUGUUAUUUUUAUUGAUUGUUUCUAAAAAAAAGGGCUAAAAUCAUGUUUGCUAUCCACAUGUUAAAAAUUUAUUUUUAAAUUAAUCAAAACUAUUGGUCAACAAAUUCUUGAUUUCCUUAAUUGCAUUAAAUGUAUUGCUUUAUUUUUAUUGCACAAAUUAAAUUAGUUAUUCUUCAAGUUGUCAUGUUAUAAGUUUUUUUUGGAUAGCAUUAAAAAUCAAUCAAACAAUUUUUUUAUCUGUUUAAAUGAGCUGGAAAUGUUUAUUUUCACUUGAUGGUCAUUAAAAAUGUUAACCAAAGUCGCAGAAAGUGUUGGCUACUGGAAGGUGGUGAGCAGUCAGGGAAGAGUAAUGUUAAUUUGGAGUUAUAGGAUUUCCUAUUUUACAGUUUUUAAUUUAUUAGAAUUUCUUGUUUCAAAGUGUAAAAGUGCUACCACUUCAUAGACAACACCUUUGCUACCUGCGCAGACAGUCUGUGCUCCUUAUCAUCUGGCUUUCGGAAACAUUUUUUAUGACCUCACAGACAAUCGAAAACUAGUUCUUCUAGUCUUCAUAAACAUGAAAAAUUUAAAAAAUAUAAAAAAUGUGGUAGAUUAAAUUUGUUUAACAUCAGCUGUUAUUUUUACAAAGAUUUAUUCAUAUUGUUUUGUUAUUUUAUUUCCCUUUAUUGUUUAAAUUUUGAGAUUAUUUUAAUGUUCAAAACUAUAAAUUAUUGAAAUGUAAAAAAAAUCUGUUUUAUUAUAAAAUUUGUGAAAACAUUGAAUACUAAUAAAACCAUUAACUUACCACAACCAUAUUGAAGCAAAGGAUUUUCCACUGUGCAUUAGUGUUGUCAUGUUAAAAUAUGUCAAUUUGAAAUUAUUAUAAAAACUGCUUACAGCAAGUAGGUUAUGUUGUUAAUUUUUAUCUAACUUAUACAGCAUGUACUGGUACAUAAGUGGCCUUAAAAUUUGUUUAUUAUGUUUGAAAUAUAAUAAAAACCUAAGAUUGUGUCAAUACCGGUGAAUAUUGCUUCGUUAUCUUAACUGUAAAAAUAUUGAAGUAUUUGAGGCAUUUAACUGCCCAUAAAGUCUAAAAUGUUGGACAGUCUUCAAAGUUAUAUUUUAAGUUAUUUGUAAUACUAAAUAGUGUUUCUUGUCAACCACUUUCGAUUGUAACAUUCAAUUGAACUGUAAGUAGGCCUACUAUUUUGAGACUAAAACAUUACCUCGGUCCAACUGUAUUUUGCAUGUAUUUGUAAAACUUUACUCACAUUAUAUAAACAUAGUUUAUAUAUUUCACAGCUCUCUGAAGUUGGUUUGUCAACUAAUUUUUAUAUGCACCCAAAUUUUUAUUUAUAUUCAAAAUUGUAAACCUAUAAAUAAGCUUAGAAUAUUAUAUAAAAAGAAUGUUAUUAUUUAUUGAUUUUUUUAUUAUUUAAGGCCAUGAGAAGAAACAUAGGAUACUGUGCAGUUACCAUUAUAUGCUAAGUGUAAUUAGUUGUAAUUAACAUGAAAAAGUUGUAGCCAUAAGUAAACAGGUAUGUUGUUGCAAGAAUAACAGCUGAUGCCUUUAAUUUGUUCCAAACUCUACUUUUAAAAAAUAUUGUCAAAUUUAGGAUAUUAUUUUUUUGUUUUAUAGCUAUUUUUGUCUGUAAUAUUUUGUUAUCAAAUUGUCAUAAACCAAAGCAGAUGUGUUAUUUAUUUUGUAUCAGUAAAUUAAUUUACCACACCAA